CUGGAAGACGCGGAGCUGUGGGGGCGCUGCUGGCCGGGCGAAGCUUCCCUGGGAGGGGACGGCCGGGCGUGGUUGCAUGGGGGCCCCGCGCGUCUCGCGAGCCUUCCUUUCCAGCCUCUCCAGACCUCCGCGGGCCGGGGUCCGGAGUUCGGUUCCUAUGGCAACGCCCCUCCCGCGAUACGGACCCAGCGGGACUGCGGUCGGCUGCGGAGCGGAGCUGGGAGGUCCCCUGUCGGUGCUGCGUGCAACCGCGGAGCCGGAGGGCAGCGGAGGAGGCUCUCGAGUGACGGGACGCCGGGGGAAAGGAGGUGGCCAAGUUGGAGAAGCACUUGAUGCUUCUACGGCAAGAGUAUGUCAAGCUGCAGAAGAAACUGGCAGAGACAGAGAAGAGAUGCACUCUCUUGGCUGCGCAGGCAAACAAGGACAGCAGCAGUGAGUCCUUCAUCAGCCGCCUGCUGGCGAUCGUGGCGGACCUCUACGAGCAGGAGCAGUACAGUGAUCUGAAGAUAAAGGUUGGGGACAGGCACAUCAAUGCUCAUAAGUUUGUCCUGGCAGCCCGCAGUGACAGCUGGAGUCUGGCUAACUUGUCUUCCACUAAGGAGCUGGACCUAUCAGAUGGAGUUUCACUGUUGUUACCCAGGCUGGAGUGCAAUGGCAUGAUCUUGGCUCACUGCAACCUCUGCCUCCUGGGCUCAAGCAAAUCUCCUGCCUCAGCCUCUCAAGUAGCUGGGAUUACAGAUGCUAACCCUGAGGUGACGAUGACAAUGCUUCACUGGAUCUAUACGGACGAGUUGGACUUCAGAGAGGAUGAUGUGUUCCUGACGGAAUUGAUGAAACUAGCAAAUCGGUUUCAGCUACAGCUCCUCAGGGAGAGAUGUGAGAAGGGUGUUAUGUCUCUAGUGAAUGUUAGGAACUGUAUUCGCUUCUACCAGACGGCAGAGGAACUGAAUGCCAGCACCCUGAUGAACUACUGUGCAGAAAUUAUUGCAAGUCACUGGGAUGACUUGAGAAAGGAGGAUUUCAGUAGCAUGAGUGCUCAGCUGUUAUACAAAAUGAUCAAAUCCAAAACAGAGUACCCGCUACAUAAAGCUAUCAAAGUGGAGAGAGAAGAUGUGGUCUUCCUUUAUCUGAUUGAAAUGGAUUCCCAGCUCCCCGGGAAGCUGAAUGAGGCGGAUCCUAAUGGAGACCUGGCAUUAGAUCUAGCCCUUUCACGACGAUUGGAGAGCAUUGCCAUCACGCUGGUUAGUCACAAAGCUGAUGUGGACAUGGUGGACAAGCAUGGCCGGAGCUUGUUACACAAAGGAAUCCAAAGAGGAGACCUCUUUGCUGCCACUUUCCUCAUUAAGAAUGGGGCCUUGGUUAAUGCUGCUACACUGGGUGCCCAGGAGACACCGCUGCACCUUGUGGCCUUGUACAGUUCAAAGAAACACUCGGCAGAUGUGAUGUCUGAGAUGGCGCAGAUUGCAGAGGCCCUCGUGCAGGCCGGCGCCAACCCCAACAUGCAGGACAGCAGGGGCAGGACUCCUUUACAUGUGUCCAUCAUGGCCAGGAACGAAUAUGUGUUCAAUCAGCUGCUGCAGUGUAAACAACUAGAUUUAGAACUGAAAGACCAUGAGGGCAGCACGGCUCUGUGGCUUGCCGUGCAGUAUAUCACCGUGUCUUCUGACCAGUCUGUGAACCCCUUCGAAGAUGUCCCUGUGGUAAAUGGGACUUCAUUUGAUGAAAACAGCUUUGCAGCCAGACUCAUCCAGCACGGCAGCCACACAGACGCACCUGACAUGGCGACAGGAAACUGCUUACUACAGCGGGCAGCUGGGGCAGGAAACGAGGCAGCAGCUCUUUUCCUGGCAACCAAUGGUGCCCACGUGAACCACAGAAACAAGUGGGGAGAAACGCCGCUGCACACGGCGUGCCGGCACGGCCUGGCCAACCUCACUGCAGAGCUCCUGCAGCAAGGCGCCAACCCAAACCUGCAAACGGAGGAGGCUCUGCCUUUGCCAAAGGAGGCUGCAUCCCCUACCAGCAUGGCGGACAGCGUCUAUCUGCAGACACCACUGCACAUGGCGAUCGCCUAUAAUCAUCCAGAUGUGGUGUCUGUCAUCCUGGAGCAGAAAGCCAAUGCUCUUCAUGCCACCAACAACUUGCAGAUUAUUCCGGACUUCAGCCUCAAAGAUUCCCGAGACCAGACCGUCCUGGGCCUGGCAUUGUGGACUGGCAUGCACACGAUCGCAGCCCAGCUGCUGGGGUCAGGGGCCUCCAUCAAUGACACCAUGUCGGAUGGGCAGACCCUGCUGCACAUGGCCAUACAGCGGCAGGACAGCAAGAGCGCCCUCUUCCUCCUGGAGCACCAGGCAGAUAUCAAUGUCAGGACUCAGGACGGAGAGACAGCCCUCCAGCUGGCCAUCAGAAACCAGCUUCCACUCGUAGUCGAUGCGAUAUGCACCCGAGGAGCUGACAUGUCUGUGCCAGAUGAGAAGGGGAACCCCCCGCUGUGGCUUGCAUUGGCAAACAACCUGGAGGACAUCGCGUCCACUCUGGUCAGACAUGGUUGUGAUGCCACAUGCUGGGGCCCCGGACCUGGUGGCUGCCUCCAGACGCUCCUGCAUAGAGCCAUUGACGAAAACAACGAGCCCACUGCCUGCUUUCUUAUCCGCAGUGGCUGUGACUUGAACAGUCCCAGGCAACCAGGUGCUAAUGGAGAAGGCGAGGAAGAGGCUAGAGAUGGACAGACCCCUUUGCAUCUGGCAGCCUCUUGGGGGCUGGAAGAGACAGUCCAGUGUCUUCUGGAGUUUGGUGCCAAUGUGAAUGCGCAGGAUGCGGAAGGAAGAACACCCAUCCACGUGGCCAUCAGCAACCAGCACAGCACCAUCAUUCAGUUGUUGAUCUCUCACCCCGAUAUCCAUCUGAACGUCCGAGACAGACAAGGGCUGACCCCGUUUGCCUGUGCCAUGACUUACAAGAACAACAAGGCAGCCGAGGCCAUUCUCAAACGAGAGUCCGGGGCUGCUGAGCAGGUGGAUAAUAAGGGCCGGAAUUUCCUUCAUGUGGCAGUUCAGAACUCUGAUAUUGAAAGUGUGCUUUUCCUGAUCAGUGUCCACGCUAAUGUGAAUUCAAGAGUCCAGGAUGCUUCCAAGUUGACUCCCUUGCAUCUUUCUGUCCAAGCAGGCUCAGAAAUUAUUGUCCGCAAUUUGCUUCUUGCAGGAGCCAAAGUGAAUGAAUUAACCAAGCAUCGACAGACUGCCCUCCAUCUUGCUGCCCAGCAGGACCUGCCUACCAUCUGCUCAGUCCUCCUAGAGAAUGGAGUGGACUUUGCUGCGGUGGAUGAGAAUGGAAACAAUGCUCUUCAUCUUGCUGUCAUGCACGGCCGGCUCAACAACAUCCGGGUUCUCCUGACAGAGUGCACAGUGGACGCCGAAGCCUUUAACCUCAGAGGCCAGUCCCCGCUGCACAUCUUGGGACAGUACGGCAAGGAGAACGCAGCAGCCAUCUUUGAGCUCUUCCUGGAAUGCAUGCCGGAGUACCCUCUAGAUAAGCCAGAUGCAGAGGGCAGCACGGUGCUGCUCUUAGCAUACAUGAAAGGGAAUGCCAACCUGUGCCGCGCCAUCGUCCGAUCUGGGGCUCGUCUUGGGGUGAAUAACAACCAGGGAGUCAACAUUUUCAACUACCAGGUUGCCACCAAGCAGCUUCUGUUUCGACUUUUAGAUAUGCUGUCCAAGGAGCCUCCAUGGUGUGACGGCUCCUUCUGCUAUGAGUGCACUGCCAAGUUUGGAGUCACGACCCGCAAACACCACUGUCGUCACUGCGGACGUCUUCUUUGCCAUAAAUGCUCGACCAAGGAGAUUCCUAUCAUCAAGUUUGAUCUGAACAAACCUGUGCGAGUUUGCAACAUUUGCUUUGAUGUGCUGACUCUGGGUGGGGUCUCUUAGUCAGCCCCCGGAGCGUCCAGGCCACGUUCUUGGUCACCUCCCCAGCAGCUGCUCUGCUCACCAGCCCGACUGCCCACAGAGCAGGAGCUGGCAGUCAUCCUCCUGAGGCAAUAGACUGGAACAUUUAAGGAUCAUGGUGUGAUAGAUCCCUUUUCCAGUGAUUCCAUAUGAUUGUCAGUGUGUGUGUCAGACUGUGAUCAAUUUCACUGGGCGUCUCACUGAUUGGACCAGGCCAUUUAGCCUAAGUUGUUAAUGUGAUUAGGAAUUAGACCCCUCCCCAUUCUGCUAGCUACAUACAAGGAAACUUGGAUAAGCGUUUUCCCUUCCAGUAGCUUGGUGUCCAUCCCAGAGCAUUCAUGAAGUCUUCCCGCCUGGGCUGGCUGAGGCAGCAGAGCCUUACAGAGUAGGAAGCUGGCUGCCUAACAAGCGGGCUUUACUCUAGGGUAAGUGGCUGUGGACUUUUCUGCACAGUGUUUUCAUAAAGAUAAUAGGAUCCUCUUGCCCUAAAGUCUUUUUUUCUUUUUAAGCUAACCUGUGUUUUUGGUGAGCUACGCCUUUUAAAAAGGUGAAAUCUUUCUUAACAGGGUUCAAAGAUGAGAGCUGAAAAAUCGUGGCCUUACCAACUGAAAGCUUUACAGUGUUCGUGCUAUGCAGGUGUCAGGGGUGCAGCUGGCUGCUUGACACCUCGUGGCAGCGUCUCAUUCUCUCGUCUUGCCGCGUCCUGUGUGGAGUCUUAGUCCCUCUGCCCCUGGAGAGUGGUGGAGGAAGCGCACUUUGUGCUGCCCUUUUAUAGAGCUGCAUUAUCAGUGAUCCCAAUUUAAAAGUCCACAUUCAGAAAUACCCUCACACAUGCUUGCAUCAGUGAUUUGAAUGAUCAGCUUUGACGGGACCUCAGCUCACACAAAUCUUUAAGGAAAAACUCUGUAGUGUCUUUUAGAGCAAGAGAUUCAUCCAGGCUGAGUGAUGAGGGGGGAUCAAUAUGGCUUCAGCCCCAGGGGCGUCUGGAGCCUCAGGCUGGCAGGUCCUGUGUCCUUGACGCAAAUGCUUCUUGCCGAAAUCCUCCCUCAUGAUGCUGUGAGUCACAUCAUGAGUGGCCACAGCCACAUGUGCGCCACCACGUUUUGGAAGUCUCUGGCUUGUGUGCUGGAUGAGGCCACCAGAACUUGCUGGGUCUUAGUCGCUGCUAGUACAUCUAUUAACCAUGAGGUGUUAAACUUCUCUUUUGAAGGUUUGGCCAGUUUCUAAAAAACGCACAUUUAAAGAGAAACAUCUACCACCGCUUUAAAACAAAACAACUCUGAGGUAAACGCUGUGUGUUAUACUCGGAGAUUGAGUCUCAGUCAUACAUACUGAUCCUCUCAGACAUUUAAUAACCACUACCUUUUUGCAUUAAUGAAGUUUGCAUAUGUGUGUUAAAGGGAAAAAAUAUGUUUUGCAAUGUCAUUUGUUUCUUUUCUGGGUAUGUUCUCUGUGUUGCUGUAGAUUUAUACAUUCUGUUGCCUAAACGUGUAAAAUGAGCUGAUAAACUGCAGUGCUAUUUUAAAAAACAUUUCUGUGAUUUAUAAGAUAUAUAUGCUUUCUAUGUUAAUAUAAGCUUGUGCACAAUGUAUAAAAGAAAAAAAUUAAUUAGAAGAGUCCCCUGUCCCUCAGUUUGACAUGUUUCAUAGAGAGUUGCCAGUCUUGGCAAACAUUUGACCACCUGAGGUAUGUGGUCAGUUUCCAUUUUCUAUUACCUGAAAAGGGCCAUAAGGAAGCCGGCAGGCAGGGUUAGGUAGCUUAGUUACCUGAGUUAGGAAGAUAAUCAUGGUUUGGAUAGGAAUUGAAGUGGCUGGUACAUCGAUACCUGUUCUUUAAAUGUUCAUGAUGGAAAAGGAAUCUGGAGAUCAGUCAGGGGUGAGGCUGAUUGUUCUGCCCAUGCCCUACCUUAUCAAUUUCAUUAACAAUCUUGCCUGUAAUUGCACUUAAAAUCUUAAGAUCAUGUUUCAAAUAGGUUGAUUGGAGUUUCUGUUUCUUCCAUGAAUCCAGGGAUAGCAAUGGUACUGAGCAGCUGUGGACUGGGAGAAUUUUUUUUUUUUUUUUUUUUUUUUUGAGACAGUCUCCCUUUGUCGCUAGGUGCCAGGCUGGAGUUCAGUGGCAUAAUCUCAGCUCACUGCAAUCUCCGCCUCCCGAGUUCAAGCAAUUCUCCUGCCUCAGCCUCCCGAGUAGUUGGGACUAACAGGUGCAUGCCAUCACACCCAGCUAAUUUUUGUAUUUUUAGUAGAGACAGGGUUUCACCCUGUUGGCCAGGAUGGUCUCGAUUUCUUGACCUCAUGAUCUGCCUGCCUCAGCCUCCCAAAGUGCUGGGAUUAUAGGCUUGAGCCACCGCGCCCGGCCAGAAUGUCUUUUAGUCCUAUUACACACUGGCUGCAAGGGGCAUCCAUGUGGAUACAGGAAAAGCUUAGGAAGACCCCUGACUGCGCAGACGCCACCAUAGCUGCCCUGUCCGGGACCAGGCAUGUUUCCAGUCCUUCCCGUCUCUUCCUGCUGCCAACACUUGAAUACAAAACUGCCUGGUUGUUGUUAAAUUUUCAGCAUAGCUUAAGCACUAGUAGCCAAAACUUAAUUUUAAUUCAAUCAGAAAGUUCCCACUUCAAUGAAUGAGCAGGAAAAGAAACUUGACUCAAACAUCAUUUAUUGCAACAGUCAAUGUUGUCAUGCUGAGUUCACUCUUGAACUGCCCUUGCUCAUCGCCAGAUUUAUUAUCCAAUAUAUUCUUAAGUCUUUUGUUGUCGUUUUUAAGAUGAAGGUACAAACCAUGUGCUAUAUAUAAAUCAAAUGGCUUAAACUAAGUUGCUGUGAUCCUCUGACACCGAAAUUUCCCAUAAACUUAAGUGCCUACACUUAGGACUUUGAACGUUCAGUCAUCUUUUUAGUGGCGUCUUACUGAAUGAUGUAUUAGAACAUGUGCUGUGUCAACCCCAAUUACUAUACUAAUUUAGUUGCGGCUGGAUUAGAUUGCUUAGUUCACCUGCCACGUUCUCUCCAAGGAGUGGGGUCUACGUGACCUUGAGUCCUCUACCUCAGAGCCCCGGGUCAUCUCUGGCCACCGUUCCGUGCCCUCACGUCCCUGUGUGGAGCCCAGCAUGUGUGUGGUUUCACCACUCCUCCCUGUCCAUGUCCCACACCUACCGUAUUGACCCGACUGCACUAAUCUUGUCCAUAGGCAUGGAAUGGAGGGAAUAUCUUGAGAAAAGGGAGGACCUUCACCUCCAUCUAGUUUUCUUUUAUCUGGAGAAAAAGAACUCUCUGAACUAUGUAAUGCUUAGCCCCGAAAGUCAAGUCAACUUCCGAGGUGACAGCAGCUUGAACAAGUAAGGGUCACGCUUCCAUGACAGACAAUGCUUCCCUUGGGACAAGUCCCAGAACUAGCUGAAGCACCAAAGCUCCCCACUCCCAGCCUGGGAGCAGAGGAAGCAGGGGCACAGCUCGCCAGCAGGACUCGGAAGUCACCUCCUCACUCUGUGGAAGUAAUUUAGUAAAGAGCUGACUGACAAGAUAUCAACCCUGAAAUUCCCUGAAGUUACAGAUGCCUUAAAAACUUUCUUUGGAAGAUCAUUGCCUGUGCAAUUCCUUUUUUGUGUGGCAUAAAUAAUAUAGUAACCUGUUAAAACUAACAUUGCUUUUCUGCAGCUAGGGAGUCUUGAGUCGUGACUGCUUGACUUGAUGACUUGCCCUUUUUGGCAGAUGUGCGGAGCUGGCUGUUACCACGACAUCCCUGUGACCCCAGAGGAGGGGCUGUAGCUGGGCAGAAACUGCAGGCACACAUUCGGUCAGUCACCUAGGCUUCCAGCCCAUUUGGGGCAGUGCUCAGUGUGGGGUGACGGUGUCUCAUAGGACCAUGGCGCUUAUCAACAUUGUUUCUUUGGGGUCUGUGUAAUGGAAUGUAUUUUUCAAAUACUGAUAUUUGCAUUUUCUCUAACAAUUCCUUAUAAUAAAAUGAAGUAAAAUUGUGCA